AUGCCUCCAGCUACGCCCCGUCAUCCAAAGAGUCGCGACGAUUUCGAGAUCGCUAUUAUAUGUGCUCUGACUCUAGAGGCCGAUGCCGUCAUUGCCUCUUUUGAUCACCAUUGGGAUGAAGAUAGCGGCCUCUCCUUGGGAAAAGCACGGGGCGACCCAAACUCAUACUCAACAGGUGUCAUCGGAUGUCACAAUGUGGUGCUUGCCCACCUUCCCGGCAUGGGAAAGAUUGCAGGACACAUCGCUUCUUUCUGUCGCAUGAGUUUUCCCAACAUCAGCCUUGCACUUAUCGUUGGAAUCUGUGGUGGGGCGCCUUUGUAUGAAGACACACCAAUCUUUCUUGGUGAUGUCAUUAUCAGCACUGGCGUUGUGCAGUAUGACUUUGGUCGUCGAUUCCCAGACCGGUUUGAGAUGAAGGACACAUUAGGCGAGAGCUUGGGAAGACCAAACCUGGAGAUUAGGAGUCUCUUAGCCAAACUCACCACAGCACGGCAAAGGGAAAAGUUGAGAAGGGCCACUCGUGACCUCAUCGCCCUUGUGCCUAACGCAUAUCCUGGACGUUCCAAGGAUGUAUUAUUUCCGGCAAGUUACCGUCAUAAGCACCAAGACUCCCGAGAAUGCUCUGUCUGUACCUCUUGCUCCACUGAUGCUGACGCCGUCUGCUCAGAGUCUCUGAGGGCGACCUGCGAAGAGCUUGGGUGCGAUAGGAAACAGACCAUACGUCAGAUUCCAGGUAACACAGACGAAAUGGAGCCAAGCUUGAGUAUACACUUUGGAACAUUCGCCUCUGGAGAUACUGUGAUGAAGUCUGGAAAAGACAGGGACCAACUCAUACGACAGAAGAAAGUAGUAGGCUUCGAGAUGGAGAGCGCUGGAGUUUGGGAGGUGUUUCCUUCCAUUGUAAUCAAGAGUGUUUGCGAUUACGCCGAUAGCCAUAAGAACAAGGACUGGCAAGCCUAUAGCGCUUUGUGUGCUGCAUCUUGUACUAAGGCAUUUCUUGAAUAUUGGAACUCUACAAAACAAAGUCUUGAUGGAGGAGCCGAGGUAAAGGAACUUCGAAAGCAUAUUCUGGAAAGUCUGCACUCUCCAGAAAUAAAUCAAAGUAGAUCUAUCGUCGCCUCAGAGACCGCUUCCACACUAGAGUGGAUAUUUGGUGUUUCCCGCGCUAGGAGGUUUGACUACCUGUCAUCAGAUGAUGGAAGAUCGGACAACGACUCGGCAGAAGCCACGAAUGGGUCGAUAGGACAAGACUCAGAUCCAGGAGAACACAGCGACGAAGUUGAUGACCCUUUUGAUUUUGAUAAAAGACGACCUCAUGGUCUCAAGCCCCAGAACGACUACAAAGAUUUGCAUGAAGAUGAAACUUUGGAGCCUUCUCUUACAGAAAACCAAGGGGGCGAGGGCCGCGGUGGCUCGCACAUGCCCAGGCGCCCAGAGUUGACCACUAUCUUGGAAGACGGCAGUGUUGCUAGAAGCAUGGCCAUUAAAAGCAUUUCUUUUGAGAGAGCACCGCCGCGCUGGAACACCCCUGGCUGGCUAGACAAGAAGCUCACCACGGAGGGCUUUUGUCUGGACUUGAGCGUCCGUGGAGCUAAUACUCUAGAUGCAAUGUUGGACAACGACGAGAACAUCAAGCUUGGACUUAUCAAGCUCGAUAUCAACGCCCGUUCCAAGUAUUUCGCUGAAGGCUCUUCGCGCGUCGCGGCGUAUGCUCGCCCAGCGGCAACCACGAGCAAAUUCGUUCUCAAGUCAUUCAAACACACUGAACAUGGAAUAGCCAAUCUGAUUGAGGAAGUGCGAAUGCAAGCACUCUGCAAAGCAUUUGCGCUAGAGUUCAACGGGCUUAUCAAGUCUUCGCAGCCGAUUGAUUUUAUAACUGCUCUUUGUCUUCAGGACAUGUCUCGCGGAUCUAAAUCAGACGACAAUCUAUUGCUGGAGCCGUUCAUUGAGGGCAAUUAUGUCAAGUACAAUAGUAACGGGGCUUAUGUAUUGGAAGACGACAGUAAUCCAUUCAAUGAGAUUGCGCAAGCCUUCUCGCAUUUUACCUUUGAGCGCUCCUGGGGCCAUUUUCUUGUCACGGAUCUUCAAGGUUUUGACAACACCUUCAUUGAUCCUGCAAUCCAGACCAAGGAUCCUGAACGCUUUCAACUGAGUCAAACGAAUCUCGGUGACAGUGGGUUCAAGUUCUUCUUUGCCCUCCACGAAUGCAAGACGACAUGCCGUCAGUUGGGGCUUCUGACGAACAAGGAAAUGCUUAUAUCUGGCAAAUUCACUUUCAAAGCAAAAUGGCAGCCUAUGAACCCGACAGUUUGCUGCUCCAACAAACUAUGUUUAAAGAUUAUCCGGCCUCCAACAGCUAACAAAUCGUCCGACUAUCCUGAGCAUAACUGGUGCGAUGAGUGUUUCCCGCAGCUGAAGCUUAGUGAGGUAAAAGUCGCAUGUGGAGGAUCAAAACAUAAUUUCCAUGUUUCUAAAUUUUAUCAUGAGAGUCAAGGCGAGAAGACGCCAACUGUGUGUGAAGAGCAUAUGGAGACGGAUACGACUGCUACCAGUGUUACUGGGGGUGGUAGACUCCCAAGUCGACGGAGAAGAAAGAGAUAUUAG